AUGGAAGAUCUAGAAUUAUAUGAAUUGAAAGAAUUAAAAAAAAAAUUAAUUACAAAGGCAUAUAACUUAAUUGAGAAAUUAAAGAAGCAGGAAGAUUAUCAACAAACUGUUACAUUGAAAUUGACAAAUACUACCAAAACUGUUAAUACCUCAGAAGAAAUAUUUCUUGAACAGGAUGAACAUAUAUUAUGUGAGAUUUCUCGUCGAAUCAGUGGAAUAAUUUUUGAAAAUAUAGAUAAGAAAUGGUUACAUGACAAUGUUUAUAAAUAUACAGCUUAUUUAAAAACAAAAGCUCUAAGUUUUUAUAUAGAGUUAAUAAUAAAAUUGAAGGAUGAGGAAAAAUUUGAAAUUUGUGAUAUAACAUGUCACUUCAUAAAUAUUGAUAAAUGUUAUAUGAUGGAGAUUGAAUUAUGGGUUCAAAUCAUGACUAAAAUGAAAAGCUUUGCAUUUUUGACAUCUGCGAUUUCACAAUAUAAUGACAUGAGCACUGCCAGAAACAAAAUAUUAGAAAUGUUAAAAGCUGAAAAGUAUAUAGACUAUGAACAAUGUACAGAUGAGAAUGGUGGAAUUUUAAUAUACAUACAUUCAACCAAAAGAGUGAACCAAGUGUAUUUAAUAAUUCAAUGGUCAUUAAUGUUUUUGGAACAAACUUGGAAAAUUGAAAAUCAUUUUAUUAUAGAAUCUACAGAAAUAGGAGUAAAAUUUGCAGAAGAAAACAAUUCCUUGUUAAAGAAAUUUUGUAAAUUAAACAUCGCAAGGAAGAAUUUUAUUGAUUUGUGGAAUGAAAUGCGUUUUGCUGUUGACCUAUAUGAAGAAAAAAGUUAA